AAACACUGUUGUUUGAACACUCGGCGACGAAGCAACAAAGCAAACCUGGACUAUUUACAACCGUUAAAGACGCUGUUUGCGGUGUUUAUCGCUCCUAAACUAAGCGACUGAAUCUAACGAGUGGGAACUGCAAGACACGCAGAUCGGGGGGAAGCGGCUGCAGAGUUUGUUGUCGGAGGAUAAAGGAGCCACCAUGCCCGUACCAAGGGGGAAGAAAUCCGCCGUCACCGCUGGGAGCAAGAUACCCAAGCUGAGUGCCUCGACCAGUGAGAACCAGGAUGAAGGCCCACACGUGAAGAGGUCGUCCUCUCCUCCCCAUGGAGCCCCGAAGAAGAGGACUGCCUUCAUCGACAUCACUAAUGCAGAGUGUCCGCCCAAGAGCGACAGCAGCCUCCGAACCGCUCAUAAGGUUCAGAUCAGCAUUCCAGGCAGGAAAAAGGACGCAGCAAAGAAGCAGACGAGGAAAACGAGCGCCACUUCAGUGUCUGCAAAGAGUCAAGCAAAUGUGAAAAACUCUUCGACCAGCUCCGAGGGGACUCCUGUGGAGAAAAUACAGCCUGAGGAGGAGGAAGAGGAGGUGCAGAAGGAUGCAGCAGCUCCAGUAGAUGAGCUGGCAGCUGCUGCGCCCCCUGCUGCCCAUCAAGUGCCAGCACACCUUCAGAAACCACACAUCCCAGAGGAGUUUGACAUUGACUCGGAGAACUCUGAGGACUGUUACAUGUGUCCGGAGUACGCAAAGGAGAUCUUUGACUACCUUAAACGGAGAGAGGAGAAGUUUGUCCUGUGUGACUACAUGCCCAAGCAGCCCAGCCUCAACCCAGAGAUGAGGGCCAUCCUGAUCGACUGGCUGGUGGAGGUGCAGGAGAACUUUGAGCUGUACCAUGAGACCUUGUACCUGGCCGUAAAGAUGGCCGACCACUUCCUCGCCAAGACUCCCGUCCACAGAGAGAUGCUGCAGCUCGUCGGCUCCACCACCAUGCUCAUAGCCUCCAAGUUUGAGGAGCGCAGUCCGCCGUGCGUCGACGACUUCCUCUACAUUUGUGACGAUGCGUACAAGAGGGAGGAGCUGAUCUCGAUGGAGGCCACCAUCCUGCAGGCGCUCUCCUUCGACAUCAACAUCCCCAUCCCCUACCGCUUCCUCAGACGCUACGCCAAGUGUGUGAACGCGGGGAUGGACACGCUGACGCUGGCCCGAUACUUCUGUGAGAUGAGUCUGAUGGAGAUGGAGCUGGUGGUGGAGAGGGGCUCGCGGCUCGCCUCAGCCUGCCUGCUGAUGGCGCUGCUCACCAAAGACCUGGGAGGAUGGCGUCCCAUCCUGCAGUUCCACUCUGGUUACCAGACGUCGGAUUUGGCGCCCGUCGUCAGAAAACUCCACCAGAUGCUCGGAGCUCCUCCAGACGAUAAACUGAAAGCCAUCAGGAACAAAUACUCGCACAAGGUGUUUUUCGAAGUGGCCUCCCUGCCGCUGGUCGACGUCGACACUUUGGAAGAAGCUUUAUCUCAGUGAGACGUCUCCUUCCACUAAAAUAUCAUCUUGCCAGUCUAAAAUGAGUGAAAAUGUUUUUAAAAUAUAUUUCCUCAAACCUGUAUAUAAUUUGUCAAUAUGUUUAAUAUUUAUACAUGUAGUCCAGCCUGUCUUUUAUAUAAUAUUGGUAAUAAACCUUUAAGUCCAGUUUGUGAUGGAAAAGAGUUUUAAUGUGGGCAUUUGUUAUUAAGAAGUUUGGCCAGUUUAAGGUUAAUAAUGGCUCUCUUAGUGUUACAUUUCAGAACUUUUUUUUUUAUUUAAUAGAUUUGAUUUUUAUAGAUUUUUACAAAAGGAUUAGAGGGGAAAAAAAUCUUAAUUCAUUAGUCAUUUGUAAGCCCUCUGUGAACGAUAAUGGUGGAGAAAGUUACUUUUCACUGAUAAUUAUCACCCGGCCCACAAGUUUUUAUUUGUUUUCAAACAAUGUUGACGUUAGCAGGUAUUUGUGUAUUUCCGUACGUUGUACAGUGUUUAUUAUCAUGUCCAUAUCUAUGCUAAUUAUUUGUAUAAAAGACGACCGGAUGAUAAUGUGCUAUUUUUAAAUGGCUGUCAUGCGUACUCUUAAAAUAAAGAUGUUUUUUUUUUAAAUGUA